ACUACAUGCACAGCAAAUGAGUGUGUAACAUCAGAUCAUCAGUGCAGUGACCGUGUGGGGGAUAUUUAGGUAACUGAGUCUCUUUAGCUACAGGGAAGGCAGGAAAAGGCAUGAGCAAGACCUCGGAAUAAUGCAAGGACACAGAAUUUGGGUGAUUUUGGCCUUAACAUGGCUUUUCUGCUCCGGCUCACAUUCGAGUGAGCAGACCAGGCUUCAGUGUGAUGAUCCAAAUGUGCAAGAUGCCGUGGUUUUGGUUCUUGUAGCGCACAAUAAAGAGUUAACUGAGGGAAACCAGCUGGCUCUGUAUCAGAUCCUUGAGGCUGCAAAGACCCAGAAUGAAUCAGGGGAAGUUCUCUCAGUACAUUUUACAGCGAGGGAAUCUGACUGUGCAGCAGGAGAAGAAAAAUCCUGGCAGGAAUGUGACUAUCUGCAAGAUUCCUCAAAGCUGCUCAGACAUUGUCGUGCAAAACUCCUGCUGAAAGAAACAAAUGAGAUCUUUGCACAACACUGUUCAGUGGAGCCCCCUCUCGUUGCAGAGCCGCGUCCCCCCUGUCUAGGCUGCCCUGAGAGUAUCAAUGUGUACAGUGAGGACAUUAAGGAGCCUCUGAGUUACUCCAUCUCCAAAGCCAACAUACAGAAUGAGCACACACACCAUUUCCUCUUCAGCUCUAUUGCCUGGGCCACGAGACAGGUGAUAGCUGGAUUCAGAUAUCGGCUCCGGUUUGACCUGCAGAAAAGUAACUGCACUAAAGAAAGCUUUAAGGACAUUACUGAGGAGUGUCACCCAGACCAUACAGAGCCGGCAUUCAUCAACUGCAACUCGACUGUGGAUGUGGCCCCAUGGAGACAUGAGCUCCCUGACAGUAGCGUGAACUGUGAACCUGGACGUUUAAAAACGGGCUUUGUAACACGCAGACGUCCUCCUGGCUGGAGUCCACUGAGGAACAUUCAUGACUUUGCGGCCAAACCUACAAAAGACAAAUCAUCUGAAGAAUCUCAUGAGGGAAAAACACUGUGUGUCACUCCUACAAAAAGUCAAAACCCAAAUACAGAUUCUAAGCCCUCACACCCAACAGCUGUGGUGCUCACACCCAAUGCCACUUCCUUUAUCUGUCCUAGCAAACCAUGGAAAGUUUUUGAUGUCAAAAUUGCUGUUCCUCCUCGUCCUCCUCCUCCUCCUCCUCGUCCUGACCCUGUGCAGGUGGGCUUCGCUGAUAAAGAUCUGAUCGAUAUCGUUAAUGAGUAAUCAAGUCAAAUCACAUAAAAUUUUAUUUGUCACAUACAUAACCAUACAUAGUAUGACACACAGUGACGUCCACAGGAUCUACAUUCAAAUCCCUCUUUUAUCGAAUUUUGAAUCUAGAGUCUUGUUGACAUUUCUAUACAAAAUAUUGCAGUAAUGUAGAGUGAAUUGUUAUACUAAAUAAAGAGGAAAACACACAACUUUA